AAAAAAAAAAGCGCUAACAUCGAAGAAUCAACGUUGCCGUUAGAAUGCUUUGCAAUUGCAUUUGCAUAACAUUUAUCCUGUUUUUUUCUUCUUUUGCCUAUAUGAUAAUUUAUUACUACAUUAUUUAUAAAUAGUGAUGUCAUAUCCCUACAUUUUAAUUGAUACUUCCUAACAACUUAUUGGAAGGUUUUGAAAUGUUAAUUUUGACAGUGUGAACGCACACUCAAAAUUUUGUUUGUUGCUUUGAAUUAGCUCACGCCGCCAGCUGUACUGAACAUAAGUUAGGUUAGGAAAAUAAAACAAAAUACAUAACUUGUCUCAAGGAUUAUUGACGACUUUAUUAGAUUAACGUACUCAAUAUUUGUUUAUUAUUCAGUAGGUUAGAAAUCUGGAGGUUAAAUUUUGAUCACACUUGCAAUGUUCUAUGCUUAUGAUAUUUUUUAAAUUGUGUGUCCACCUGUAUUCUUGUUUCUCGGUUACAUAUGCAUUUCAUCAUGACUGGCCGUUUUAUCUCGUUAGGCAUCAUCUUGAAUCCACGUGUCCAUCACUGUGAAAAAUCUUUCGUCAAGCUUUGUGAAAAACUUUGCAGAAGGAACAUCAGCAGCAAAGAAAUGGCACAACAAGGCGAUGGCUACCUGGAGCAAGCUCCCGGCUUUGCAACACGAGCAAUACAUGUGGGUCAAAGUCCUGACCAAUGGUCUUCCUUCGCAAUUGUACCUCCAAUCACACUGGCCUCUACCUUCAAGCAAGAUGGUUCAGAACCCAAGUACGACUAUGGGCGGAGUGGCAACCCUUCCAGGAGUGUGCUGGAGCAGUGCUUGGCAUCGUUGGAUGGAGCAAAGCAUGCUCUGGCAUUCUCUUCUGGCUUAGGUGCCACUACGGCUUUGACUCAGCUACUGAGAGCCGGAGACCACAUAGUCAGUAGUGAUGAUAUAUAUGGGGGCACCAACCGCCUCUUUAGCAAGAUAAUUGCCAGAAUGAAUGUUGAAACAACAUUUGUGGAUGCCACUGAUACAGAAAAAGUGCGUUUAGCCAUUCGUCCUAAUACGAAGAUGGUCUGGAUGGAGAGUCCUACAAACCCUCUGUUGAAAGUGGUGGACAUAAGAGCUGUGGCAGAAAUCACUUCCAGCAGGAAGGAUAUACUGCUUGUUGUAGACAAUACAUUUUUGACACCAUACUUCCAGCGCCCUCUGGAGCUGGGAGCUGAUGUUGUAGUCUAUUCAAUUACUAAGUAUUUGAAUGGCCAUUCAGAUGUCAUUAUGGGCUCCAUAGCAACCAGCAAUGAUGAAGUGUUUGAAGAGCUGAAGUUUAUACAGAAAGCUUCUGGUAUAGUUCCUUCCCCAUUUGACUGCUACUUGGUCAAUAGAAGUUUGAAGACUUUAGCAGUCAGAAUGCGUGAACACAUGAAAAAUGCUUUUGAAGUUGCCAGAUUUUUGGAAAAACAUCCAUUUGUUGAGAAAGUACUACAUCCAGGGUUGCCAUCUCACCCACAGCACCAAGUGGCCAAGAGGCAGUCCUAUGGCCACAGUGGGAUGUUGUCUUUCUACUUGAAGGGCGAUUUGAAAGAAAGCAAGGCAUUCCUCAAAGCACUGAAGUUGUUCACGUAUGCAGAGAGCUUGGGCGGGUUCGAGUCCCUCGCGGAAGUGCCGUCUGUCAUGACUCAUGCGUCGGUGCCCCUCGAACAGCGGACAAAACUUGGAAUCUCUGACUCUCUCAUAAGACUGUCGGUUGGUUUGGAAUGCUCUGAGGACUUGAUUGCUGAUCUCAACCAAGCUUUGCUAGUUGCAGCCAAAGAGAAGAUGCAGUCAUCUUUGCUGGAGAAUGGGAACUCUCUUCCUGUAGAGCACAAUGGCAUUCUUAUCGAGCAAAAUGCUAGUGCCUGACAAAGUAGCUUACAGAAAAGUUGUUCUCCAGAGAACCAUAUCCCCCAUCUUGAAGAUAAUACUUUCACAUUCGUUUAACAAAUUCAAUAUCUCGUGGCAUAUUGUUAAAUUCAGUAUAAUAGCAUUACGAAAGGUAUUCAAAGUUGAGAACUUUGUUCCUGAAUUGUGAUAUAAGAUUUGUGAUUGGUGUUCACUGCGAAACAAUGUGUGUGUAUGAACAAUUUAGUGAAGUUUGUUGAAGUCGGAGGGUUAUGUUUAAAUAUGAAAGGUGAUUGAAUGGGUGCCACCGUAUGAAAGGGCACACAGACCGGGCGGAGACUCCUCUCAGGGCGUGACGUCGUCGCUCGUGUGGAAGCAAGAUUCUGACAUUCUUAAUUAACCAGAAAUUACCCAGACCUGGUUCGCUCUCAGCAUCGGGCACGCUUACCUAGAUAAAAGUUUGUGGACUCUUCAAGGCGUCCCACACACCUGUUACGGGUAGGUGGUCGGCACGUGGCUGGUAAGCAACUGUUUAUCUCGCACGUUUUUAUUUUUUGAACAGAUGCUCCACACACUCUCACACGCUGUCGUUAAACUGUAAAAAGCCCGGUGGCAUGAAACGACUUAUGUGUGGUGCGAACCACAAAGGAAACAUGUAGUUAGUUUCAAAGACCCAAGAAUGUGUUUAAGAUUCGUUAAGCAGUCUGCUGACCAGGCAAGUCCGGAGGAUAAAAUGAAAGCGAUUUGGAUUAUUAAAAUAUAGAGAACAGAAUUAUACUCAGCGAAGGCAAUAAUGAAGUCCCCAGAGUUGCUGGCGCGUCUUACCUCAGCCGGUGAUAAUGUCAGACUGGGGCGACAGUGCGCUCUUAAAAUUUGUGCUGAACAAAGAAUCCGUUAUGCUUAUUUAAAUUCGUGCCAGGGGUUACUAAUGAUAAACACACAUGACACGUCAACAAUUGAGGCACGUCCUUUCACGCCCUCGAUACUUAGUAAUAAUAGUAAUUAUAUAUAUUUAAAAUUAAUGCCUGCUUCAGCCAAGUUCGGGUCCGUUCGGGACUGUCUGGUUCCGUUUUUGUUCAGGGUACUCAAAUUAAUAAAACAGGGCACUUUGUCAGUCUGCUGAAACACCAUACACUUGGGACAAAAUAAAGGUUUACAAUAGCAUUACUAGUUUGUUACAAAAAGGGGUAUGCAGAACUAUGUGGCAAGGUGUCUUCUGACAUUGUGGCACACUGUUUGAAUCACACAGUCACGUACGAUGGUAGUACAAAUGCCAGGAGGGAAUUGUUAAGAUCGGGAAAGGAAGUGGAGUCUCAUCAGGCACGUGGGGCAAAGCCCUGGUCGAUGUCAAGUUGCAGUUGUAAAUAGAGCAUCAAAAGAAAGACAGUGGACGUGUGGUUGUAGAAACCUGUUGUUUGUUUUUUAAAUUGUUUUUACAGAAAAUUUAGAUGGAAAACAUUGUAUUUGAAGCAAAAGUAAAAUAUAAUUUGUGAAUUGUA